AUGAAUGAACUCGAGCCCAUCAAGCGCACGCGCAAUCGAAGGAUCAACACCUGCUUAGAAUGUCGUCGUCUCAAAAGGAGAUGCUCGAGGUCAUAUCCUUGCCUCCAUUGUCAGAAAACUUCGCGAGAAUGUGUGUUCCCAGCCUCCAAACGAAGUACCUCAUCCACUCCUCGAGAUGAAUCCACGGGUGGCACUUCCAUCAGCCAGCCAUCUAAUCCGGAGACGAGCCUGCCCACUGAGAUUCCAGUGCCACGUCGAUCAGCUAGUACACCCAGAGUCUACAGGAAACCGCCAGAUAUCUGCCUUCGCCUGGGGAAGCUGAGCAUUACCGAGCGCAUUGGUGGUGUUCUCAGAGUCGACUUUGUGCAAUCGCUCGAAGAGCUUCUCGAAGAGUAUCCUGAAGCGAACUCUGAGAACCAAUUUUCGGCUCCUCUGGUUGCAUGGUUCAAGCCGCAUACUGCAUUACCGUUAGAUCAGCUAUUUUCAAGAAACGGCGCCCCGCAACACCCUUUCCCGCUGACAGAGAUGCAGGAACAGGCGCUCAUCAACCAGUACUUUGUGGCAGUGCAUCCUGUCUGUCCAUUGGUCUCCAUGGCUGACCUAGAGGGUGGGGGGUUCUUGACGGAUGCAUUGCGAGCGGCCGUAUUCUUCGCAGCUGCCAUGAGCUUCCCAUUACUGCAGAGUCAAAAAUCUUUUGGCAUCACCAAGGAUGCCUUGGUCACCAAGCUAAAGACAAUGGCCGAAGCUGCAAUCUGCAGGGCUGACAUGCUGAGCUGCCUUGACCUACAAAUGUUUCAAGUCUUGCUGAUCUACCUGACCCCGCAAUUGUUGACAGAGGUCUCGCGUUCUCACUCUAUUUUCAUUGGAACGGUCAUUCGACAUUUUCAGAUCGCUGGACUCGAUCGCGAUUGCAGUACCGACAACGCCACAGAGCGACAGCUUAAACGACAUCUCUGGCAACACCUCUUGUUCCUGAAUAUUCGGGCAGCUGAAGCUGUAGGUCCAGAACGGACUGCUAUUGAUGAUGUCUCAGCUCAACUGCCGGAACAUGAUGAGUUCCUGCUACCACAGUCAUCGGACGUCUCAAACCCCACCUAUAUCGUUGCCUUGGUACGCUACGAAUGCUACAAGGUGCACCGGUGGAUAUUCCGAGAACGAGAGCCUUUGAGGCGAGGGGAAUCUUCGCUAGUCUCGCUUCUGGACGAGCUCAAUCAAUUCACCCUGAGCAUCUACGCAAGAUACCUAGACCACCUGAGCGACAACAUCCCGAUCCAAAAAUAUGCCGCAUUAGUGGGAAAGCUGCUUCUCGCUCGAGCGCAAGGGAUGAUCUUGACAUCCCAGCGGCACAAGUGGCGUUAUCCCGAGACAGCGCUGGGUCUCACAGACAGGGUCAUCCGAUCAUGUCUAGACGUGCUCGAAACAGCCGUGACGCUAGAGACCGACCCGGAGCUCUCACAAUGGGCCUGGUACGCGGGGGCUUACCAGCAAUACCACAGCAUACUGUUCCCGCUGGCGACGCUGCAUCAGGCGCCUCACCUACCCGAAGCAGACAGGAUCAUGGCGAUGGCGGACCACGUGUUCGGCCCGUCUCCAACGAUGUCGCCGCGCGACCGCAGCCAGACCAUCCUGCGCGCUAUCAAGAACAAUAUGGCCUCAUUUCUCGCCACCAUCGACCCUGCCCGAUUUCCCGACUCGAAACACAAAGGAGCUCCCGCCCAUGCCAGCGCCGACGAAGCCGGUGUUGGCGCUCUCUCCGCCUCGUCCUUAAUGGACAUGACAUUCGCGCACUCCCAGCCCUACCAUCAGCCCUCACCCUAUCGCCACCUCCAACACUCCUCAAGUCACAUCCAGGACGCCAUGUCAUCGACACACGGAGUUCCAACCCCAGCAGCACCCGUAAUAGCCGCCACCAUGGCAGCAACCAUGGAAGACCACCACCAGAUGUUCUACGCCGCCACUGCCACCAAUGAUACCACAAACGGGAACUAUUUCGGCAUCAGCCCCACCAGCGUGGCGCUCGACGGGGUCGCGGCGGCGGACACCUGGUGGAAGUGGCCGCCUCAGCUCGACCAGGACGAUCUAUUUCGCGAGUUGAAUAUUUUCUGA